AGACGCGGGGGACCCAAAACAAAUUUAAACAAGUGGAAGAACAAAAAUUUUACAAUACAAUAAUUUACCACACGUGAAUACCCAAUUACAAAAGUUACCAUCAACCAUUCAAUAUACAGAUGACAUUAGCAAUUGUUCAGGCGUUUAUAGAUAGAGUACUGGUAUUGUUGGGGGUGGACGAUGCCAGUUUGAAAGUGUUGUUUUGUACGCUUUUGUCGUUCCCAUUUAGUUUCAUCUUUAAGAGGUUACCUGAUGAAAACUAUACAUUGAAGAAUCUAUAUAAUGUUGGUGUAUCUGCCUUCUAUGUGUUUGGUGUGCUUGGGAUAUACCAUGGUAUCAUGACAUUGCUGUUCUCUGCUGCGGGAUGUUAUUUCAUUACUAGAUAUGUUAGAACUCCUGCAAUGCCUUGGAUCAACUUUUUAUUUUUGAUGUCACAUUUAGCUUACAAUCAUCUUAUGACUCAAUUCUUCAGUGUUUAUGAUAAAACUAAGAUUGAUAUGUCUGGAGCUCAAAUGGUGUUGGUCUUGAAACUUACAGCUUUUGGAUGGAGUGUUUAUGAUGGACGUCAACCUGUUGGAGAAUUGAAUGCAUAUAAUAAAUCGAGGGCCAUCAAGAAGCAUCCAAAUAUAUUACCAUACAUUGGAUAUGUAUUCUUUUAUGCUUCGUUAUUGACUGGACCUUCAUUUGAUUAUGCUGCUUAUGAUAGAUUUCUUCACUCCACUCUUUUUGAUGAUGUACCAGAAGAUAAAAGACCAGGUAAAAGAAAGAGAAAAAUUCCAAGAAGUGGUAGACAAGCAUUAUCAAAGACUCUUCAAGGGGCAUUCUGUGCAACCUUACUUGUUCAUGCUCCUAAGUAUAUUACAAUUCAAUAUGCUUUAUCACCUGCAUUUGUGAAUGAACAUAACUUUAUAUAUCGUAUUUUUUAUUUGUGGAUUCUAAGUUUUACUCAAAGAUUGAGAUAUUACACCAUUUGGUUGAUUGCUGAAGGUGCGUGUAUCUUAUGUGGAUUGGGAUAUAAUGGAUAUGAUCCAGUCACUGAUAGUUUCAAAUGGGAUCGUGUUCAAAAUAUUGAUCCAUUUAUUUUUGAAACCAGUCAAAAUAUGCAUACUUCUUUAGAAGCUUGGAAUAUGAAUACCAAUAAAUGGUUAAAAAAUUAUGUUUAUUUGAGAGUGGCUAGAAAGGGAAAGAAACCAGGAUUUAAAAGUACUUUAUUCACAUUUGUCACCAGUGCAUUCUGGCAUGGUACUAGACCAGGUUAUUAUAUAACUUUUGUAUUAGGAGCUAUUCUUCAAACUGUCGGAAAAAUUUUCAGACGUAAUUUAAGACCAAUAUUCUUAAAAGCAGAUGGUAAGACACCAAAAUCAAAUAAGAUUUAUUAUGAUAUUGUAUGUUACUUUGUCACUCAAUUAACAUUUGGAUUUCUUGCUCAACCAUUUGUUUUAUUAGAAUUCCCUAAAUCAAUUCAAAUUUGGAGCACAUGUUAUUUCUAUGUUCCAAUAAUUUCCUUAAUAGUGAUCUUUUUGUUUAAUGGACCUUAUAAAAAACAAGUGGUUGGUUAUUGUAAAUCAUUCCAAGAUAGUGAAAAAUACAAGAAUAAGCUUGCACCAGAAGAAGCUGAGAUUGUUAAUAAUGCCGUUGAAACAUUAUUAGAAAAGGAAUCAGCUGAUAAUAUUCCAACUCUUGGUUUACCACCCAUUGAUUAUUUACAAACAGUAGAUAAGAAGGAAGUUAAUCAAGAUAUAAACGAUCUUAGACAAGCCUGGACAUCAUUCAGAGGUCGUAGAGGAUCUAUUAAAGAAGAUGAUUUCGAAGGAUUAAAAGAUGCUUAUAAUAAUUUUACGACUGAAAUCAAUCAAAUUUUAACCUCUCGUAAACAAGAGUUUAUAAACACAAGGCUGACUAAGCCAACAGCCAAGAAAGAUUAAGAUUGCGUGGUAAUGGAGAAGACUACAUUUAAGUGAUUAAGUUUUAUAUACAUACAUACAUAUAUUAUUAUAUAAUUUGAUAUAAAAAUACAGUUUAAUUGUGACUUAUCAGGAGUGUCGGAUUAUUCAUAAUUUAUAAAGUCUAGAAUUUUUCAUGACGUAUUCCCCCC